AUGGGCCUGGCUACCGCUUGCACGUCGCGGAAGCCAGGCUGGGUUUCAUCAUAUCCUCGUCGAACUGAGCGGGCAAAGCACGACAAGCAGUUUGAUAGCCUGAAACCCACAGGAGGCCACAUUACAGGUGAUCAAGCACGUACCUUUUUCUUACAGUCAGGUCUACCAGCUUCAGUGCUAGCUGAAAUAUGGGCCCUAUCAGACCUGAACAAGGAUGGAAAAAUGGAUCAACAGGAGUUUUCUAUAGCCAUGAAGCUCAUCAAGCUGAAGUUACAAGGACAACACUUGCCUGUGGUUCUCCCUCCUGUCAUGAAACAAGCUCCAGUAUUUUCACCAUUAAUGUCUGCUCGCUUUGGAAUGGGUAGCAUGCCAAAUCUGUCCAUGCCAACGUCCAUGUCUGCGAUGGCACCGUUAGCUCCCAUGUCCUCCCUGACCUCGGUGCCCUCCGUUCCGCCGCUGGCUCUCUCUGCUCCCCUGGUGCCUUCUGUCAGUACCUCGUCGUUGCCAAAUGGGACAUCCAGCCUCCUCCAGCCUUUGUCCAUACCUUUCUCCUCAACACUGCCCCAUACAGGUUCUUUUGCUCCCAUGGCAGGAGGGCUUGGUGGCACUAAUAUACAGAAGGCACAAUCACUGAUUGAUUUAGGAUCUAGCAGUUCCAAUUCUUCCUCUAGUGCUUCACUAACUGGGAAUUCACCAAAGAUUGUAUCCUCAGACUGGGCAGUUCCUCAGGCCUCCAGAUUAAAAUACAGGCAGAAAUUUAAUAGUCUUGAUAAAAGUAUGAGUGGAUAUUUGUCAGGAUUUCAGGCAAGGAAUGCCCUUCUGCAAUCAAACCUUUCACAGACUCAGUUGGCUACUAUUUGGUCCCUGGCUGAUAUUGAUGGUGAUGGACAGCUGAAAGCUGAUGAGUUUGUGUUAGCCAUGCACCUCACUGAUAUGGCCAAAGCUGGACAGCCUCUGCCACUAACCUUGCCUCUUGAACUGGUGCCACCUUCUUUCAGAAGUGGAAAAUACACUGAAAAUAUAAAUGGAACUCUGCCAUCUUACCAGCCUGUGCAAGAGGAGGAGCCUCAGAAAAAACAGCCAGUAACAUUUGAGGACAAAAGAAAGGCAAACUACGAGAGGGGAAAUAUGGAGCUGGAAAAACGCCGCCAGGUCCUGUUGGAGCAGCAGCAGAGAGAGGCAGAACGUAAAGCUCAGAAAGAAAGAGAAAAACAGGAGCAAAGAGAGCGGGAACGACAGGAGCAGGAACGGAAGAAACAACUUGAAUUGGAAAGACAGCUGGAGAGACAACGAGAGCUGGAAAGACAAAGGGAAGAAGAAAGGAGGAAAGAAAUAGAAAGGCGGGAGGCAGCCAAGCAAGAACUUGAGCGCCAGCGACGAUUGGAAUGGGAAAGAAUUCGUCGCCAAGACCUUCUAAAUCAACGUAACAGGGAACAAGAAGAAAUUGUCAAGUUGACCUCUAGGAAAAAGAGCCUUAAUCUUGAGUUAGAAGCCCUAACAGACAAACAUCAUCAGAUCUCAGACAGAUUGCAAGAUAUUCGAAGCAAAAAGCAAAUUCGAAAAACUGAGCUGGAGGCUUUAGAUAAAAAAUAUGACCAAGGAAUUAUGGAAGUCAAGCAGCUACAGCAGCAGCUUCAGGACUAUCAGAAUAAACUAAUCUAUUUAGUUCCUGAGAAGAAAUUGUUAAGUGAAAGAAUUAAAAAUACUCAGCUUGACAACACUCAGAAUACAGGGAUCAGUUCAGUACACAAGAAGUCCUCAGAAAAGGAAGAAUUAUGCCAAAGACUUAAGGAACAGCUGGAUGCCCUUGAAAAAGAAACUGCUUCUAAACUCUCUGAAAUGGAUGCAUUUAACAGUCAACUUAAGGACCUAAGAGAAAGUUAUAACACGCAGCAAUUAGCCUUGGAGCAGCUCCACAGGAUCAAGCAGGAUAAAAUAAGAGAAGUAGAAAAAAGAAGAGCUGAACUUGCACAGAAAAAGCGUCUGGAAGACGAGGCCGCAAGGAAAGCAAAAAGGGAGAAAGAGAACCGAUGGCAGGAAAAUAUCCGAAGGGAAGAGGAGGAGAAAAAGAAGCGGCUAGAGGAAGAACGAAUACAGGAAAAAAUCCAAGAAAAACAGAAAGCUGAAGAAGCAGUUGCUGUGAUGAGAGAAAGGGAAAAUCAACAGCAGCUUCAUGAAAAGGAGAGUAAAAACAAGCAAGCUGAGAUUCUGAGAGAAGCGGAGCAACAAAGGCAGAGGCAACUGGAAGAAGAUAAAAGGAAACAAGAACAAAUAGCAAAAGAAGCAGAGGAGAGACAGAAGCAGAGUGAAGAACUGAAGAAGAGAAAAGAAGUGACCAACUCUCAAGAGACAGAGAAACAUAUUUCUAAAUUGAACAUCAAUGAGAAGUUUGCAGAUCUGCUGAAACCAACAGAAAGUAAAAUUUUUAAGCCACCAUGGAAAAAUGAAGGCAAUGCAGUUAAUGCCUCGGAGUCUAGGAAUUCAGUUGCCUUGGUAAAUUACAGAGCUUUAUAUCCGUUUGAAGCAAGGAAUCAUGAUGAAAUGAGCUUUAAUACUGGGGAUGUGAUUCAGGUUGAUGAAAAAACCGUGGGAGAGCCUGGUUGGCUAUAUGGGAGUUUCCAAGGACAUUUUGGUUGGUUUCCAUGCAAUUAUGUAGAAAAAAUAUCAGAAGGAGAAAAAUCUUUAUCUCCUAAGAAGGCCUUACUUCCUCCUACAGUAUCUUUAUCUACUACCUCAGCUGCUUCAGAACCACUCUCACCAACUAAAUCAGCAGAAGAAUCUGAUUACCAAAACAUACCUUUCUCAAGCCUGAAUGUUAACACAGCCUGGCAGCAAAAAUCAGCUUUUACCCGCACUGUCUCCCCUGGCUCUGUUUCCCCCAUUCAUGGACAGGGACAACCUGUAGAGAACUUAAAAGCACAAGCACUUUGCUCUUGGACUGCAAAAAAAGAAAACCACUUGAAUUUUUCAAAAAAUGAUAUCAUUACUGUGCUGGAGCAGCAGGAAAACUGGUGGUUUGGAGAGGUGCAUGGCGGAAGGGGUUGGUUCCCAAAAUCUUACGUCAAGCUCUUACCUGGGACUGAACUCAAGAAAGAGGAACCAGAAGCUAUUUAUGCAGCUGUAAACAAGAAGCCCAAUGCACAGUCUUACACAGCUGGAGAGGAGUAUGUUGCACUCUAUUCUUACUCGAGCGCUGAACCUGGUGACCUGACUUUCGUGGAGGGUGAGGAAAUCCUAGUGACUCAGAAGGAAGGGGAGUGGUGGACAGGGAGCAUUGACGACAGGACUGGAAUCUUUCCCUCCAACUAUGUCAGACCAAAGGAUCAAGAA